GCAUCACUGCCAACAGUUCAACUCGGUGGUUUGAGACAAGAUGAAAUCGUUACACCACUGCCUAGUUUUGGUGUUGGCUUUUGGGUUUCUCGUUCAAUCGAGGGAGAUCCCUAAGGAGGCUCCAUUGAAGGAAACCGAAUGGAAUAAGUUAGCCUCGGCAUGUACGGUUAACAUCAACACUCAGCUACCGCGCCCACAGCCGCUGAUUCUAACAGCAGGAUCAGAAAGCUUCCGCUAUCCGGCGUCCGACGAUCGGUUGCUCCAGCUGGAAGCAGGAGAAACUCUCGAGUUAGCCUGCCAGAAUGGAUUCAAUAUUGCGCCGGCGAAAAACUCCAUCAUCAUAUCGUGUGUUUUUGAUAGUACAUUCAACUUCGACAGCACUAUGUACCAGUUUAGCGAGUUUUCGUGCACCCGGAAUUGGGCAAGCACGGCUCGCCGUACAAAUCGACCCUGUGAGGCCGGUGCCAUCAUAGUCGAGAUCGGUUUCGAGUUGGGUACGCGCUUCCCAAAAAUCUUAGAUGUUUGCCAUAAUGAGGUAACCUUUGAGAACCAUUGGGUCAAGCAUGAGUUCCAUCGACAUCACAACGGGUUCCAGCAGGGAGUUCCACGACCAUCCUGGAUCCAGGGAAGUUUCUUCCCUGGAAUUCCGACCAAUACGUUGUAUACCAUUAAUCGUCAACGGCAGACGGUUGCAACGAUUUUGAACUCACAGGCAAUCGCAGAUGAACUCGUGCAGGAUCUCGCCACCGGAAUCUACAUGGCACGUGGUCAUAUCGCAGCACGUGCUGACUUCGUGUAUGGAACACAGCAAAAUGCUACUUUUUGGUUUCUGAACGCGGCUCCCCAGUGGCAGAAUUUCAAUGACGGUAAUUGGAUACGUAUCGAGGACAGCUCCCGGGCCUUCGUAGCCAGUCGUGACAUCCAGGUGACCGUGUACGGCGGAACGUACGGAGUGAACACGCAAACCGAUGCCAAUGGUGACGAGCAGCCAAUUUUCCUCGAUUUUGAUCCGAACGGAACUCAGCGAUUGCCGGCGCCGUUAAUCUACUACAAAAUUCUGCACGACGAAGUGAACAAGGCCGGAAUCGUACUGAUCGGAGUGAAUGACAUUCAUCAGACCUCGCUGGACCUUGUCCGGGAGCGGUACGUACUGUGCGAAGACAUCGGCGACAAGAUCAGCUGGAUCAACUGGGACCGAACGAAUCUGGCCAGGGGUUACUCGUACGCGUGUGAAGUGAACGAAUUUCUCAAGCGAAUCGGGCAUCUCUCCCAGCUGGAUGUUCCGAAUUUGCUAAUUUAGAUCCUCUAAGGUGAAUAGAAAUGAGAAGAGUUUUAUUAUUUUUCUUAACAA